AUGGGUUACAUGCAAGUAGAAGAAUUAUAUUACAAUGUCCAACAUGUUUUACAUAAGGUUGAUGAUGAUAAAGGAGCUAUGAACAUGAUGAAUGUGGCUAAGUAUUUAGGGAAAGUGAACCUGUAUGUUGUGCAUGAGGUGGACGAAGCAACUAUCUUAGAAAAUGAUGAGAAUGAGAUUCUUUACCUAUGUGAAGGUCAUGCAAAGAGUGGUGAGGGUAGUGGCGUGGGAGGGGAAGCACAUAUUGAGGGUGGUGAAGAAGGAAUUAGAGACGUAAUGAAGGGUACAGUAGAGGUUGAUAAUGACUAUGCAGUGGAUGUUGACAAUGAGGAUGCACGAGAUGUUGAGAAUGACGAUGCAUUGGAGGUUCAGAAGGAGGAUUUACUGGAUGUUGACAAUGAGGAUUGCCUGGAUGUUGAGCAUGACGAUGCAUUGGAGGUUGAGAAGGAGGAUUUAGUGGAUAAUGAGGAUGGUGAGCAUGAGGAUGUAGAAGAUGUUGAGGUUGCAGUGGAGGUUGAGAAUGUGGAUGAAGUUGAGGAUGUAAGUGAAGAAGCAUUGGAAGUGGAUAAUGAGGAUGAAAUUGAGGUCGAAAGUGAAGAACUAGUUGACGUGGACAUUCAGGAUGGAGGGGAGGUUAAUAGUGAAGAAGAAAUGGAAGUGGAAGUGGACAGUGAUGAUGAAGCAGGAAUGGAUGAUCUAAGUGGUGAUGAAUACGUGGAUGAAGACAGUGAAAAAGAAACUCAACAAUGUAGGG